GGUGGAGUUGGAAAUUAAAUAAAAAUGUAGCAAAGAAAGCUCAGGCUCGAUGUUAUAUGUGUAAGAGCCGCACUUCCCUGCAACUAACUAACUAUUCAACACUAGCAAUUAGUCCGGGGACAGCAGCACUCUCUGGCGCUCCGGGGGCGAAGAGAACCAGCUUUUUAUUUCAGCUGCAACUUUUCACCCCUCCCUAAAGAAUAACAAACUUUUCCCCCCUCCCCAGAAAAAGAAACUUUGCGUCUCGCUGAAGAUAUUUUAUUGCCUUUUUAUUAUUAUUUUAUUUUUGGAAGGGGUGUUCUAAAUGAACAACUGCUUCGCCAAAAUUGCUUACAGGUUGGGACAUCUUUCUGCAAGGAGAGACGGGCUGAAUUGCAAGCCGGCUGGCGAAAGCAGAGUAAGUCGGAGGAGCGCAGGGGGAUGGGGGAAGGAGCUGAUCCGGAAAAAGGGGAUUGGAGAGGUCGGAAGUAUCGCGAAGCAUGCCGGCUCUCAACGGGGACUAGAAAGCGUCCACGCCCGGGGCCAGCGCCGUGGAUCUGGCGAAGGUUCAGCCCGAUCUCCCCUUGUUGUUUUGCAAGACGCCGAGACGGGGAGGUAGCUGGUUUGGACCUGUAAACCUGUGAGGAGUGGAGCAGCAUGAACGGGGAGACAACCAUGUCUGCCACUGUUGAGCUAAGCGAUGCAAAAGAAGAUUGGCCAAAAGAGGACCUCCUGGGCCUGCUGGACAGCAUGCGGAGCAUUGUCCCUUCUAAUGAUGUGAUGAAGUUCAAAACAACAGAGUCACACAUGGACUGGAACAAGGUGACUUUCGCCCAUUAUACAGCAGAGAUGUGCAAACAGAAGUGGACAGAGAUCUCGCAUGAAGUGAGAAAGUUCCGCACUUUAUCAGAACUCAUUGUGGAUGCACAGGAACAUGUCAGGAAUCCCUAUAAAGGCAAAAAACUCAAGAAACAUCCUGAUUUUCCCAAGAAGCCCCUCACACCUUAUUUUCGAUUCUUCAUGGAGAAAAGAGCAAAAUAUGCAAAGCUUCAUCCUGAAAUGAGCAACUUGGAUCUGACUAAAAUUCUCUCCAAGAAAUACAAGGAGCUGCCAGAAAAGAAAAAGAUGAAAUAUAUUCAGGAGUUUCAGAAGGAGAAAGAAGACUUUGAACGUAAUAUGGUCAGAUUCAGAGAGGACCAUCCAGAACUAUUGGAGAGUGUAAAGAGAACAGAUGUUCCAGAAAAACCUAAAACACCCCAGCAGCUCUGGUAUCUUCAUGAGAAGAAAGCCUUCAUGAAGCUGCAUCCACAAGCAACCAUGAAGGAUGUUAAAGAGGCACUGGGGAAGCAGUGGUCCCAGCUGUCUGACAAGAAACGACUGAAGUGGAUUGGCAAAAGCUUGGAGCAACGUGAGCUAUAUGAGGAAGCAAUGAGAGAUUAUGUUAUACGUCACCCAGAGCAAAGCAUCAAUCUGGAUGAUUUGACAAAAAAUACACUGACUAAAGCUGAGCGACAGCUCAAGGACAAGUUUGAUGGUCGACCCACAAAGCCACCGCCAAAUGGCUAUUCUCUGUAUUGUGCUGAGCUAAUGUCGAACAUGAAAGAUAUUCCCAGCACAGAACGUAUGGUACUUUGCAGCAAGCAGUGGAAGAUGUUGUCUCAGAAAGAGAAGGAUGCUUAUCAGAAACGAUGUGAACAAAAAAAGAAGGAAUAUGAAAUUAACCUUCAUCGGUUUUUGCUGAGCCUCCCUGAGCAUGAGCAACAGAGAGUCCUCUCUGAGGAGAAGAUGAUUGGAAUAAACAAGAGAGCUGCAGGUACCUUGAAGCAAGGCGGAGUUAAAGGCAUCCCAUCACCACCUUUAGAUGCCGCCAAGACUACUUCUGACAAACCAAAGCGUCCGAUCUCUGCCAUGUUCAUUUUCUCGGAAGAGAAGCGCAAGAAGAUGCAGGAGGAGGAGCCGGAGCUGUCGGAGAGUGAACUGACGAGAAAAUUGGCCAGGAUGUGGACUGAGCUGUCUGAGAAGAAAAAGGAGAAGUAUCGGCGCAUGGAGGCAGCGGCAAAGGCCGAAUCGGAACAGAAAAAGCAGGGCUAUGGAAAAGAUGGAAAAGGCUCUGCAAUCCGAGGGAAGCUGCCUGAGCCGCCCAAGACUGCAGAAGAGAUCUGGCAGCAGAAUGUGAUUGGAGAUUAUCUGGCCAAGUACAGGAAUGAUCGCACUAAGGCUAUAAGAGCGAUGGAGGCUACUUGGAGUGCAAUGGAGAAAAAGGAGAAAUUAAUGUGGAUUAAAAAAGCAGCAGAGGAUCAAAAGCGAUAUGAGAAAGAAUUAAGUGAAAUCCGGACACCAGCAACAAACACAAACAAGAAAAUGAAGUUUGAAGGGGAACCGAAAAAGCCACCAAUGAAUGGUUACCAGAAAUUUUCCCAGGAACUUCUCACAGGUGGCGAGCUGAACCAUCUGAAUCUGAAGGACCGGAUGGUGGAGAUUGGGAAAAGAUGGAGGAAAGUCACCCAGGCUCAAAAGGACCGUUACAAGAAGAUGGCAGAAGAACAGCAGUGCCAGUACAAAAUCAAUCUAGAAGCCUGGCUUAAGAGCUUAUCUCCCCAAGAGAGAGCCAUGUACAAGGAAUACACUUCAAAUAAACGUAAAAGUACCGCAAAGGCAGCCAGUCCAAAUCCAAAAAUGAAGAUUACAUUACCAACACAGAGUGCAAGUGAGACUGAGGAUUCUGAUGAGGAGGAUGACGAUGAUGACGAUGAUGAUGAUGAUGAAGAAAAAGCCAAUUCCUCAGAUUCUGAUGAUUCCUCAGGUUCAGACAGUGACGAAGAAAGUGAGGAAGAGGAUGAUGCAGAUGAGAAUGCAGAAGAUGAUGAUGAUGAGGGUGAAGAGGAAGAUGAAAAUCAGUCUGACAGCAGCAGUAGUUCUUCAUCAGAAGAGUCCUCUGACUCGGACUCUGACUGAAGUGCUCUGCGAUCUUCCAGGCAGUACUGAAACUAUCAGCCUAAAGAGCCCUCAUGCCCGCUACCAGGACUGUUUGAGACAAUUGGCAGAAGCAGACGCUCUAAAAUCUGACUUGAUCCAGCCAUCAUUGUCCAGUCGGUUCCAUGGAACAAAUUAACUGGGCUUUCCUGAGUUGCUUUCAGCUCAUUGAAAACCACUAGUGAUGCAAGUAAGAAUGGACCAAAUGGAUAAUUUGUAGGCGGUUUUUCCAGUAGAACAAUCCCAAUUACAAUCAUUCUGAAAUUCCUCUCCAUCCAUGUGCUAUUGAGUGACAUUCAGGGUUCAAACUUUUUAAAAACCUGAUGUACAAAUUCUCUGGUAUGGCUUGGAGUACAUCCUAUGUAAUGAGAAAUACAGACACACAAGAUUAAAGUAUUUGUGUGUUGAGUGUGAAGUCACUCACCCUAUUUUAAGGUGGUGUUUGGGUUAUCAGGUCAUUCAUACUUGCAUUGCAAAGCUUUGAAUUUUUAAUUUUUUUAACAAAAGAAUGGUCACUGAAGUUGGAUCCUGCCUCGUUUACCUGCCACCAGUUCUGGUCCUGUGUCCAAUUUGUUUCAUGUUUAAGCAGAACUGAAAGAUCAGCGUGGUUAGACAGCAAGUAUUGAAGCUAUCCAUUCUUUAGUAUUUCCAUAAGCAGGGUAUCCUGGUCUUUUACUUAAGGGUGCUUUUUAUGGGCAAGGGAUGGGCCUGACACUGGGAAAGACCAGUGCUUCUGCAUGGUCUGAUUCGGUAGAGUAUUUUGUGAUGUUGCAGUUUGUAAAUACAAAAGGAUGUUUUUGAGGGAGGUUUCAGAUUCAGUAUUUUGUGAAUUAAAUCUCUCCUUGGUAAUGUGAACAAAGUCAUUGAGAGGUCUGCACCAAAGCAAGUGCUCAUUCAUUUUAACGGCAGAAGGAAGAAGUAAGCUCCUGUUGCCCUGUGCCCUUCAAGAUUGCAAAGGAAUCUGUCGUCUUUACAACCCACUUCUUUCUGGUUACUUAAAACUUUUAUUUUUCUGCAUGUGUAGUCUUUCCUUAUUGUGUUUACUAAUGGAGGAUGUGACUGCAUUACUGCAGAGAGGCCUGAGUAUUUUGUAUCAUUUUAGUCUGUCAAUCUGAUUUGAUUGAAGAGUCACUAUAUUGGUGGGAGUUAAUCUUGAUGUUCUAGAUGCAGUUUAAUGCUUGCAGCAGAGACUGCAAAUAGCUUUUUUGUAUUUUCAAAUUCUGUUUUGUCACUUCUGAAUGGAAUGUACAUUAGUUCUCUGGUCAUCAAACCAAAUGCAGAGCAUAUUGUGAUAAGUUUUAAUGGACAGUUUCAUCCUCUGAAUUUUAGAGUUGAAAGGUUGUACUGCCGGAGUCUUUUUUUUAAAAAGACUGCACAGAGCUGCUGAAGUUGGAUCCUGUACAUAGCCACCUUGAGUUUGGAACACUACAGUACUGCCGUAUCUCUUUUACUCUCACAAGUCCAGCACUUUCUUUUGCAUAACUUGUAAUGAGACUAUGUUCUGUUUGUAGUUUCUUUGCACACCAGAAUUAAGGAGUAAUUACAAAUUCAGGGAUUGAAAAGGAAUCUAUCUCUUCCUAGUACAGGAAGCAACGUGAAUAAAUGUCCAAGUCCCAGCUCAGUAAGAGAGAGGCAGAAUCAGAUUUUUAAGUCUCUACAGCCAAACCGUGCCCUCUCUUAUUUCCUCAUCAUUGUUAACCUGAGAGAGAUCAGUGUAAAAGCAGAGGGGGGAGGCGGGGGGAGGGGGGAACCCUUUGCAACUGAGCCUUUUUCCAACUGCAGCUUUGCUUAAACUCCGGAUCAUGAUUGAAUACCUUAUCAGCUUGUGCCCAGUUUCAGAGCAGGGUGGAUGUCUUUUUAAAGGGUACUGAAAGAGGCACUUUGUUGUACUUGUGUUGGGUUUGAAUGAGGAUGUAUGGUAUCUGUAUAUAAUGUUGUUUGUAUUUUGCAGCUUUACUUUCCAUUUUAUUUUCUGGUUCUUACAGUAAGGUCAGGAGCACUGGGCGUGUGUACUGUAAGAGGUGAAAUGAGUGCAUUUUUGCACUCAACGUGAAACUGUGCUAGUAACCCAUACGUACCAUGUUACUUUUAGCUUCUGUGAUCUUCUGGGAAUUUUUCUAAUAUUUAAAGAUUGUUUUGUAGAGAGAAUGCCUCACUGAAUUUGUAUUUGCUGAUUCUUGUAAUUUGAUGUUGGAACUUCUGAAACAUUUUAUAGGGAAAGCGUUCCUUUUGUUCAAGUGGUUAUAAGCAACCAUUAAAAAAAAAUAAAAAAGUG